UGCCGCGAGCGCGAGGCCAGGCCAGGCCAGGCCAGGGGGCCCGCCAUGCCGCCCGCGCCGCUGCCGCCCAAGGAGAGCAACCUCUUCAAGCGCAUUCUGAAAUGUUAUGAACAAAAACAAUACAAAAAUGGACUCAAGUUCUGCAAGAUGAUUCUCUCCAAUCCAAAAUUUGCUGAACAUGGAGAGACAUUGGCUAUGAAAGGAUUGACGCUGAAUUGUUUAGGGAAGAAAGAAGAAGCAUAUGAAUUUGUUCGUAAAGGUCUUCGGAAUGAUGUUAAAAGUCACGUCUGUUGGCAUGUAUACGGACUCUUGCAGCGCUCUGAUAAAAAAUACGAUGAAGCAAUUAAGUGCUAUCGAAAUGCUCUCAAAUUGGAUAAAGACAAUCUACAAAUCCUAAGAGAUCUCUCACUGCUGCAGAUCCAAAUGAGGGAUCUUGAAGGAUACAGAGAGACCCGGUAUCAGCUACUACAGCUGCGGCCCACUCAGAGAGCUUCAUGGAUUGGAUAUGCAAUUGCAUAUCAUUUGCUAAAAGAUUAUGACAUGGCCUUAAAACUCCUGGAGGAGUUUAGAAAAACUCAGCAGAUUCCUCCUAAUAAAAUAGACUAUGAAUAUAGUGAAUUAAUUCUGUACCAGAACCAAGUGAUGAGAGAAGCAGACUUGUUCCAAGAAUCUCUGGAGCAUAUAGAAACCUAUGAGAAGCAAAUCUGUGAUAAGCUUAUGAUAGAAGAAAUCAAAGGAGAAAUGCUGUUAAAGUUGGGAAGACUAAAGGAAGCUUCUGAAGUGUACAGAGAGCUGAUAGAUCGAAAUGCCGAAAACUGGCCCUAUUACGAAGGCCUAGAAAGAGCCCUCCAGCCACGUACUUUAGAAGACAGGCUACAAAUAUAUGAGGAAAUAAGCAAGCGGCAUCCGAGAGCAGUUUCACCUAGAAGAUUACCUUUAAACUUUGUCACAGGUGAGAAAUUUAGAGAGCUAAUGGAUAAGUGGCUGAGGACUAACUUCAGUAAAGGCUGCCCACCCUUGUUUACCACUCUGAAAUCUUUGUAUUACAAUACAGAAAAGGUUUCUACAAUCCAAGAACUUGUUACUGGUUAUGAAGCUUCUCUGAAAACCUGUGACUUGUUUAGCCCAUAUGAAAACGGAGAACGAGAGCCCCCGACAACUCUCCUCUGGGUUCGCUAUUUCCUCGCGCAGCACUUUGAUAAGCUGGGCCAGUUCUCAGUGGCCUUGGAUUACAUUAACUCUGCCAUUGCGAGCACACCAACAUUAAUAGAGCUGUUUUAUCUAAAAGCCAAGAUUUACAAGCAUGUUGGCAACCUGAUUGAGGCUGCCCGGUGGAUGGACGAAGCGCAGUCCCUGGACACGGCGGACAGGUUCAUCAACUCCAAGUGCGCAAAGUACAUGUUGCGAGCAAAUAUGGUGAAAGAGGCAGAGGAAAUGUGCUCCAAGUUCACAAGGGAAGGAACAUCUGCAAUGGAGAACCUCAAUGAAAUGCAGGGAAUGUGGUUCCAGACAGAAUGCGCUUUAGCUUUUCAGAGAUUGGGGAAAUAUGGAGAGGCCUUGAAAAAGUGCCAUGAAGUGGAAAGGCACUUUUUUGAGAUAACAGAUGAUCAAUUUGACUUCCACACAUACUGCAUGAGAAAGAUGACGCUGCGUGCCUAUGUCAACCUCUUGAGACUGGAAGACAUUCUUAGGAAACAUGCCUUCUACUUCAAGGCUGCUCAGGCGGCCAUCGAAAUCUACUUGAAGCUUCAUGACAGUCCACUAGCCAAUGAAAGCAAAGAACAAGAAGUGAAUUCAGAGAACCUUUCUGCCAAGGAACUGAAGAAGAUGCUUAGCAAACAAAGGCGUGCGCAGAAGAAAGCAAAGCUUGAAGAGGAGAGAAAGCACGCAGAAAGAGAGAGGCAGCAGAAGAGCCAGAAAAAGAAACGAGACGAGGAAGAAGAAGAAACGAGCGGGCCCAAGGAAGAGCUCAUUCCUGGGAAAUUGGAAAGGGCUGAUAAUCCAUUAGAGGAAGCUAUUAAGUUCCUUACACCGCUUAAGAAUCUCGUGGCAGAUAACAUCGACACGCAUCUGUUAGCAUUUGAAAUAUAUUUCAGGAAAGGAAAAUUUUUAUUAAUGUUGCAGUCUGUAAAAAGAGCUUUUGCCAUCGACAGCAAUAACCCAUGGCUCCAUGAAUGCUUGAUUAGAUUCUCCAAGUGUGUGUCUGAUCACAGCAAUUUAUCGGAAGUUGUGAACAAAGUCCUCGUUCAGGAAAUGCAGAAGAUCUUCAUUAGUAAAGAUUUGGAAAGUUUCAAUGAAGAAUUCCUCAAAUGCAAUCCUACCUCCAUUCAGCAUCAGCUAUCAGGUGCCAAAAUGAUGUACUUUCUGGAUAGCUCAAGACAUGAGAAAGCUAUUGCCGUUGCGACUAAAGCAAACGAAACGAUGAGAGACAAAAAUGUGAAGACUUUGACAAAGGUUUUGGAGUCCUUACGAGAUGGCAGCUUUGGAACUUGCCAUGGCCAGACUAAUGAAUAUCGACUAGCUUGCCACAAACUGUUUCCUUUAGCAUCUGCCUUCAUGCCUCUCACAAAUGAAGACGGCGGUUGCUUUGCGCCAGUGAAUCAUACAGCCCUUAACCACGAAGUGCUGCCCAAUGAAAUUUGAAACAGGAUGCCGGAAUACCUCUUUUCUCAACUGGUUGCGUACCGAUCAGUCCCUCCCCCCCUUGCAAAAUAUGAUUCAGAUCUCAAAGCAGAGACAAUUGAAUAAAACUGUACUGUCCUUGUCCCAUAACAAGAGCUGCCAAUAUUGAUGUAAACAUCUCUCUCUCUCUCUCUCAUACUGGUCAUGUUUAUACUUGUACAGUUACGAAUAUUUUUAAUGCAAAUCAUGGAUGCUAGAAAUUUACCAUUCAUAAAACAGUUGUUACUCUGGUCCAUGGAUUUCAGUGGGCUGCAUAGGUCUGUGCUGUUAGAUGGAUCUAACUCUUCAUGCCCUGGCCAUUGCUGUGUUUUCUGCAGCUUUUUAUCAUUCUUCCCCCGCCCUCCAAAAAACAGAAAGAAUUGAAGUCCUAAUUAGAGGCAGUGGAAGCCUUCUGUCCAUUCAAAAUGCCAUAUGGAAACUGUGCUCUUUAAAUUGGCACUAUUACAAAAAAUCAUAAGCCUAUUUUUCAAAAAAAAUAUUUGAGCAGUGUAUUUAGAUUUCUAAAUGAACACUCACUUAUCAGUGUGCCUACGAUUUCUUUACCUGUUCCAGCUCUCAGACGUUACUGGUGCGGUCAUAAACAGAGUUCUCGACUCUUUUAAUCCCAUUGGUUUCAGUGGACUCUGUUGUAUCUCUGUGUAACUCUGUUAGGAUUGUACUGCCAAGAUAGCAGCAAAGAAAGCGGCUAUUUCCAAGUCCUGGAUUCAGUUUAAUGUUGAACUCUGAUUCUACUUCUGUUGAAAUGCUGUUGCUUUAAAGUGUUAUAAAGUGACUUGCAUUUAAAGGGUAUUUUUAAAAGAAAAAGGAAAUUAAAUGAGCACAACUAAACUGUCUACAGAAUAAAGCAAUUCUUUUUUUCCCUUUGUGCAUUAACCUUACUGUGUAUCACAUACACACACACAGGUCCAAGUUUUAAUUCAGCUCUCUUCAAGAGACAAAUGGCUGUCCCCAAGAACUUUAUAUAAACUACUAUGAAACUUACAAUACACUGUGGCUUGUACAGAAAAUCCAUUUUAUCAAACCUAAUAAAAGAACCUGUUUGUUUGUUUUUUAAUUUAAAGUUAAUGCAGAUGUAUCCAUAAUAUUUCCUAGGUCCUAUGCAAAAUUCAAGAAGGGAAAUGGUGUCAAAACAAAUGGUUAUAAUUAAGAUGGUCAGCCAUUUUGGAUCAAUAAUAGUUGAAUGAAAAACUCCCUGUAAAAUAAUGCCAAUAAAUGUAAUGCUGUAAUAAAUUAUUUUGUACACACUG